AUGACCACUUUGCCAGUUCCGGUUGUUCGAAAGCGACUUGACCGUGUCACAUCGCGUAAGGAUCUCAAAUACGCAAAGCGAAUUGUCGUGAAGGCUGGAACUUCUACAAUUGUGACAGAGAGUGGCUUUCCAAGUGUGCGGCGCAUCGCCAACAUCGCAGAGGAGAUCUUCGCCCUGCGUAGCGAAGGGAAAGAGGUUGUGUUCGUUUCAAGUGGUGCCUGCGGCAUUGGGAGGAAUGUGCUGCGCCGCCAAGACGUCAUGGUGUGCUCAGCCUUUGACCGCCUCCACCGCAAUAGCCGGCCGCUCUCUGCUGUCGGCAACAACACAUACGCCGCGGCAGGGCAGGCAAAUCUUAUGAAUUUGUACCAGACAGUAUUCCAGCAGCUGGAUGUUACGUUGGCGGAGUUGCUGCUAACACAUCACGACUUUCGAACCGACGAUCGAAGAGAGAACUUGCAAGACGCAUUGGAGAAUCUCUUGGGCAUGGGCAUAGUGCCCGUUGUGAAUGAAAAUGACACUGUCACAGCCAACCGCAACAUCAGCAGUAACGAUCCAUUCACGGACAACGAUGGCCUCUCCUCGCUGGUGGCGCAGACGAUCAACGCAGACCUCCUUAUUCUGCUUACGGAUGUGGAAGGGCUGUACGAUUUCCCUCCCUGCGACCCGAGGGCCCGCCUCAUCACAACGUAUGCGCCAGAAAACGCGGUUACGUUCGGCGCUAAGAGCCCAACGGGACGUGGUGGAAUGAACGCCAAGAUUGCAGCAGCGCUGGCUGCAGUGCGCGGCGGCGUCCCUGCGGUGUGCAUUUGCUCUGGUCACCGCAUGGGCGUCAUUGGUGAGCUGCUGCACGGGAAGCCGAAUGUUGGCACGCUGUUCGUCGAGGACCCAGCCGAGCUGCUCGCAAUGGAGGCCGUCACGGCGGAGGGACGGCAUGCGAUGGAGAAUUUCGCGCGGGCUGCACGCGAGGGAUCGCGCAAACUUAACAUGCUCACCUCAUCAGAGCGUCAACAAGUGCUGUUGGCGGUGGCAAAGGCGCUCGAUACUAACCGUCAGAGGAUACUCGAGGCAAACGAGGUGGACUUGCGCCUUGCGAAGGAAACCAACCUCGCUGCGCCCUUGUUGAAGCGAUUGGAGCUCACCCACAGCAAGAUCGACGCCCUCGUCUCUGGCAUCACGGCGAUUGCGGAAGCCGAUGAGCCUAUUGGCCGCAUAAUCAGUGCUCGUAUGCUCGAUGAUAAUCUCGUGCUAUGCAAGGAGACGGCGUCCAUCGGUGUGCUCCUCGUUAUCUUCGAGUCACGCCCCGACAGCAUGCCACAGAUUGCUGCGCUUGCACUCUCCUCCGGCAACGGCCUGCUGCUGAAGGGUGGUCGCGAGGCAGAGCAUUCCAAUGCGAUGCUCCACUCUGUGAUUUUGAAUGCGGUGACAGAGGCCUCCAACGGCAAGGUGCCACCCGGCGUGAUUGGCCUCGUCACAACUCGCUCAGAUGUGUACGAGCUCCUGAAACUUGAGGGAUACAUCGACCUUGUUAUUCCACGUGGCUCCAAUGAGAUGGUGCAGAAUAUUCAGCGGUCAACGAACAUUCCGGUGCUUGGACAUGCAGACGGCAUCUGCCAUGUGUACGUGCACUCGGACGCCAAUAUGGAAACGGCGGCAGAGAUCCUUAUUGAUGCAAAACUCAAUUACCCAGCUGCAUGUAACGCUGCAGAAACAGUUCUCUUGCACCAGGCAAUCGUGGAUAACGGCAGUGCAAAAACGCUCAUUGCAAAAUUACAGGCAGCCGGCAUUAAGUUGUUUGGGGGACCAAAGGCCAUCGGGGCAUCGCUUGUCCGUGCUGGCGCAGCGUCAAUGCACACAGAGUACGGUGAUGAAGGGAUGACAGUGGAGAUUGUAAGUGACGUGGAUGCUGCCAUUUGCCACAUUAAUAAGUACAGUUCCCACCAUACAGAAAGCAUACUCACCACUGAGAAUACAAUCGCUAAUGAAUUCAUCAGGCGCGUCGAUUCCGCCUGCGUUUUUCAAAACUGCUCGACACGCUUUGCCGACGGGUACCGCUUUGGGCUGGGUGCCGAAGUGGGCAUCAGCACUGGCCGCAUUCACGCCCGUGGCCCAGUGGGGGUGGAGGGGCUCUUGACGCAGAAAUGGAUACUUCGGCCAACAGACUCUUGUUCGUACGCGACUGUGGCCCAAUUUCAGGGCGGAGAACGCACAUUUACGCACAAGGACAUCACAGCAUCCAUGAUACUGCAACAUGACGAAUGCCGGUGA